CUGGCACUGGUGGAACGGGGAGCGGCCUUAAAGGCACAGGCUCCUGGCAUUGAAGUGGAGAGAUCUCGUCAUGUCAGGUAGACCAUUAAUACAAGAUACGAAGUCUCCAGAAUACCUAGCGGAAGCCCUCUCUUCCUGGUCCUUUGUUCUUCAACUCUGAGCGUCCUCCUUUCCCUGCUUGAGCUUCCAUCUCACAGGCAACCUAAUUAAUCAACUCAUCAUCCAUUAAUUAAUCACCUACUGCUCUUCAAAAAAGAUGGGCUCCAUCUCACACGAACCUCCGAAGCCAUGGAUCGAGACUCCAUGCAUCUUCUCUGCCCCCCUGUCUCGUGCAGCUGGCUGCAACAUCUACAUCAAGCUGGAUAACCUCCAGCCCUCAGGCUCCUUCAAGUCGCGCGGCGUAGGCAACAUGAUGUUCCGCGCCAUGUCCAACCCGCCCCCAGAGGCCGUCGCCGGCGCUGCCGACCCGUCCGACGUGCACUUCUACUGCUCCUCGGGCGGCAACGCGGGCCUCGCGUGCGCCACCUCGGCCGUCGCCCUCGGCCGCCCCGCCACCAUCGUCGUUCCCCGCACCACCCCGGCCCUGAUGGUCUCCAAGCUGCGCUCCCUCGGCGCCGAGGUGGUCCAGACGGGCGCCAAUUGGGCCGCCGCCGACGCGCACCUGCGCUCCGAGCUGCUGGCCAACCACGGCCGUCGGCACAGCGGGCGCGGGGUCUACGUCCCGCCCUUCGACCACCCCGACAUCUGGUCCGGCGUCUCCCACCUCGUCGACGAGCUGGCCGACCAGCUCGGCCACUCCUCCACCACCGCCGCCACCGUCGACGCCGUGGUGUGCAACGUCGGCGGCGGGGGCCUGCUGUGCGGCGUCAUGGAGGGCCUGCAGCGCAACCGCGACAGCAACCGCGGGCGCCAAGGGCCGCACCCGCUGCUGGCGGCGACGGACGGGUCGGCGCCGCGGGUCCUGGCCGUCGAGACGGUCGGCGCCGAGAGCCUGUACGCCAGCGUGGCGGCCGGCGAGGUGGUGACGCUGCCCGAGGUGACGUCCAUCGCGACCAGCCUGGGGGCGCCGCGGGUGGCGGACAAGACGUUCGAGUGGACGCGGCAGGGCGCGGGCGGAGACGACGGGGCACGGGUCGUGUGCGCGACCGUGACGGACGCGGACGCGGUCAUGGGCAGCGCGAGGUUCCUCGACGACGCGCGGAUGCUGGUCGAGGUCGCGUGCGGCGCCACGGUUGCGACCGUCUACAACGGGGCGCUGAGGAGGCACCUCGGGAAGGGGCUGGGCGAUGCUGAGUGGGCGGAGAAGAACGUUGUCGUCAUCGUGUGCGGCGGAUCGAACAUCAACGUGGAGCUCUUGCAGAAGUACCGGGAGGAAUAUGGCGUUUAGAUCUCUUCUGCUUUUUCUUUUUGAGGGUG